AUGACUGUGUCUGAUGGAAAUUCGGGCUUUUUACGAGCAGCGCGAGCAGGAAAUCUUGAGAAGGUUUUGGAAUACCUUCGUUCAUCAAUUGAUAUAAAUACUAGUAAUGCUAAUGGAUUAAAUGCACUACAUUUAGCAUCAAAGGAGGGUCAUGUAAAUAUUGUUCAAGAACUUCUUUCACGUGGUGCCAAUGUCAAUGCAGCAACGAAGAAAGGAAAUACAGCUCUUCAUAUUGCAUCAUUAGCUGGUCAAGAAGAAGUUGUUAAACUUUUAGUUAAACAUAAUGCUAAUAUUAAUUGUCAAUCACAAAAUGGAUUCUCUCCUUUGUAUAUGGCUGCACAAGAGAAUCAUAUCGAAGUUGUUAAAUUCCUGCUCGCUAAUGGCGCUAAUCAAAGUUUAGCAACUGAGGAUGGAUUUACACCUUUGGCGGUUAGUCUUCAACAAGGCCAUGAGAAAGUUGUUGCUAUACUCUUAGAAAAUGAUUCAAAAGGUUCGAAAGUUCGUUUACCGGCAUUACAUAUAGCAGCAAAAAAAAAUGAUACAAAGGCAGCCGCCUUAUUAUUACAAGGCGAUAAUCAACCAGAUCUUAACUACAAGGGAGGAGGUUUUGUUAAUUGUACAACCAAGUCUGGUUUUACUCCAUUACAUAUAGCUGCUCAUUAUGGAAAUUUAGAAGUUGCACAAUUAUUAAUUAGUCGUGGUGCCGAUGUCAAUUAUGCAGCAAGUCAAAAUAUAACGCCACUUCAUGUAGCAUCUAAAUGGGGCAAAGAAAAUAUAGUACGACUAUUACUUGAAAAAGGUGCACAAAUUGAUGUUAAAACAAAGGAUGGAUUAACACCUCUUCAUUGUGCUGCUCGAUCUGGUCACGAGCAAGUUGUUGAUUUAUUACUUGAAAAUGGUGCUCCAUUUGGCGCAAAAACAAAAAAUGGUCUCUCAGCACUUCAUAUGGCUGCUCAAGGUGAUCAUGUUGAUGCUGCACGUAUUUUACUUUAUUAUAAAUCUUCACUUGUCGAUGAUGUUAGCUCGGAUUAUCUUUCACCGUUACAUGUUGCAUCACAUUGUGGUAAUUAUAAUGUCGCUAAAGUCCUAUGUGAACGUAAUGCUGAUGUUAAUGCCAAAGCAUUAAAUGGUUUUUCAUGUUUACAUAUCGCAUGUAAAAAAAAUCGUCUAAAACUUGUUGAACUAUUAAUAUCAAAUGGUGCCGAUUUAGAAGCUAAAACAGAAUCGGGUUUAACUUGUUUACAUGUUGCAUCAUUUGUUGGUAGUCAUGAUAUUGUUGUUUAUUUAUUACAACAUAGUGCAAAUAUAAAUGCAACAACAGUACGUGGUGAAACACCAUUACAUUUAGCAACACGUAAUAAUCAAGUUGAAAUUGUUCAAACAUUACUUCAUUAUGGUGCAUCAGUUGAUAUGAAAGCUAAAGAAGCACAAACAUGUUUACAUUUAGCAACACGUUUGGGUAAUAUUGAUAUUGUUAAUUUAUUAUUAAAAGCUAAUGCUAAUGUUGAUAAUACAACAAAAGAUGGAUAUUCAAGUUUACAUAUAGCAGCUAAAGAAGGACAUGAAGAAAUUGCUAGUUUAUUAAUUGAUCAUGGAGCUAAUUUAAAUUUAUUUACUAAAAGAAAUUUUUCUGCAUUACAUAUUUGUAGUAAAUAUGGUAAUAUUAAAGUUGCUAAUCUUCUUUUACAAAAAGGAGCUAAACCAGAUUGUCAAGGAAAAAAUGAUUUAACACCAUUACAUUGUGCUGUUCAUUAUAAUCAUGGAAAUAUAGCAUUACUUUUAUUACAACAUGCAGCGAGUCCACAUGUAACAGCACGCAAUGGUUAUACACCAUUACAUAUAGCAGCUAAAAAAAAUACUCAUGAUAUUGCUGAAAUGUUAUUAGAAUAUAAUGCAAAUACAAAUGCACAAUCAACUGGUGGUUUUACACCAUUACAUUUAAGUUGUCAAGAUGGUCAUUCGGAUAUGACUCAUCUUUUAUUAGCUCAUCAUGCUAAUCCAAAUAUAGCAUCAAAAUGUCAUUUAACACCAUUACAUUUAUGUGCACAAGAAGAUCGAGUUAAAUGUGCGGAAGCAUUAGUUAAUAAAAAUGCCAAUAUUGAUGCACAAACACUUAGUGGUUAUACAAGUCUACAUGUUGCUUGUCAUUUUGGUCAAAUAAAUAUGGUUCGAUAUUUACUUGAACUAGGUGCCAAUGUUAACAUAGAAACCAAUCUUAUGUUUACACCACUUCAUUCAGCUGCUCAACAAGGUCAUGUUAUGAUUGUUAAAUUAUUACUUGAAAAUGGUGCUUCACCAAACAAAACAAAUAAACAUGGAAUGACAGCAUUAUCAAUUGCACAACGUCUUGGUUAUAUAUCUGUUGUUGAAGAACUUAAAGUUGUUACUGAAACAACAGUUACUAGUAAACAUGAAUUAUUAAGUGAAGAACGUUAUAAAAUUCAAGCACCAGAAAUUUCUCAUGAAGAACAACCAUUAACUGAUUCUGAUGAUGAAGGAGACAUGCUUGGUGAUGCUAGUUCAAAUGUUCAUAUGCAAUAUUUACGUGAAGGUGUUUUAAUGACUGAAGCAGAAGAAAAUAAACUUAAUCAAACAUCAUUAAUUAAAGAAGAAUCUGAAUAUCCAAUGUUAGCAACAAAAGAUGGUUGGAAUGAAAGUCGAGAUAAUUUACAUGAUCAUCAACAAACACCUAUUAAAACACAACCAACAUAUACGGCUGAUAAUGAAAUAAUUACAAAACCACGUCAUGGAGGAUUUUUGGUAAGCUUUUUGGUUGAUGCUCGUGGUGGUGCAAUGCGUGGUUGUCGACAUUCAGGUGUACGAGUUAUUAUACCAGCAAAACGUGCUAGUAUGCCAACAAGAAUAACAUGUCGUUUUGUUAAACGUGAUAAAUUAACUGUACCACCACCAUUAAAUGAAGGUGAAGCAUUGGCAGCAAGAGUUUUAGAAGUUGGACCUGUUAAUUGUAAAUUUCUUGGACCUGUUAUUCUUGAAAUUCCUCAUUUUGCUUCAUUACGUAAUCAUGAACGAGAAAUCAUUGUUUUACGAAGUGACAAUGGUGAAAAAUGGACAGAACAUACAAGUCCAACCACAGAUGAAGCCGUACGUGAUGUACUCGGUGAUACGGUUGAUUCUGAAGAACUUGAAAAUCUCGAAGAACUUCAUUCACGUCGAAUAACACGUAUAAUAACAAAUGAUUUUCCACGUUUUUUUGCUUUAAUAACACGUUUACGUCAAGAAGCACAUUUUAUUGAUGAACAAGGUGGUUUAUUAACAUCAACAAUAAUACCUAAAGUUCAAGCUCUUAUACCUGAAAAAGCAUUACAAAAACGUAUUCGUAUAUCACUUCAUGUUUUACCAAUAUCAUCUCAACUUCUUCAACGUUCAUAUGGUACACGUGUUAAUGUAAGUCCUAUUGUAACAGUUGAACCACGUCGAAGAAAAUUUCAUAAACCAAUAACAUUAACAAUACCAUUACCAGCAAAAUCUUUAUCAACAACAAAACAAGGUCAUCAACGAGAAUCUCAACAACAUGGAAAUGCAUAUACAAGUGAUUCUCAAACACUUCGUUUAUUAUGUAGUAUUACUGGUGGUACACAUCCAGCACAAUUUGAUGAUAUUACAGGACAUACACCAUUGACAUUUUCAAAUGAUUGUGCUACAUUUACAACAACUGUUUCAGCUAGAUUCUGGUUAAUCGAUGGUCAAGGUGUGCCAGAUGUAUUAAAAUUAGCUCAUGAAAUAUAUCGUGAAGCAACAUCAGUACCAUAUAUGUCACGUUUUGUUGUAUUUGCUAAACGAAAUGAUCCAAAUGAAUCACUUGUUCGUGUAUUUUGUAUAACUGAUGAUAAAGAAAAUAAAACACUUGAAAUGCAAGAACAUUUUAUUGAAAUAGCUAAAUCAAAAGAAGUUGAAGUUAUUAAUGGAAAUACAAUUUAUUUGGAUUUACAAUCAAAUAAUUUACAAACAAUUGUUAAAACAAAUGAACAAUUAACAUUUACAUUUCGAGCAUUUCGAGAAAAUCGUUUACCAUGUAUUGUUCGUAUACGUGAUCAACAACAAGAACCAACAGGACGUUUAAUAUUUUCAAAAGAUAAUGGUAAAUUAACAACUUUACCACGAACAGCAUCAAGUACAAUGACAAAUGGACAUGUACCAUCAAAUACAAUGAUUGAUCCACAAUUAUUACAACCUAUAUGUAAUUUAAAUAUUGUUUUACCAUCAUAUGAUAGAGAUUUAAUUGAGAAUGAAGAACGCAUGCGAGCUCUUCAUUCAGCUGAGCGAGAUUCUCGUUUAGAAAGUUGGAGAUCUGAUGAUAUGUAUCGAAAAGGUGAAAUUCGUUUAACGGAUAUAGCACGAUUAUUAGGCAGCGACUGGCCAGCACUUGCUGCUGAACUUGAAUUAACUGAAGAAGAAGUUACUAAAUUAAUGGAUGAAUAUGGAGAAAAUGCUGCUUUACAUAUGUUACGAUAUUGGCUUAAAUCACGUGGACCUGACGCAACAGGUAACUGUCUUCAGCAAGCCUUACGUAAAAUUGGCAAAGAAAAUAUUGUUCAUAAUUGUGUAUUUAAUAUUGAAUGGGUUACGGAUGCAGCAGAAAAAGAAGUAGCCAAAGCACGUUUAACUAGUCGUGGUGGAAGUAUAGAUGGAACAACAACUGGUGGACGUCGUUUAGAUGAAGGUUUUGAAAGUGAUGAUGAAUAUGAACGUCGUCGUCAUGGAAGAUCUAAUAUCAUAAUUAAUGAUACAAUUCGACCACGUACAAUAAUAAAAACUAUAACAUUUGAAGAAUCAAUUGAAGAUGAAUUAGGAGAAAAGAAACAAGAAAAAAUUUCAUCUCAACAAAUUCUAAAUCCACAAUUUAAACAAUUAGAACCACUUAAAAUGAUUAAACGAGAUUUAUCUAAAGAUUUUCUUCCAUCAUCAUCAUCAACCUCAAGUGCUGAUACAAUAAUAAAUACAAAAAUUCAUGAAAAACGAUUAGGCGAACGUGAUGGUCCUUUACACUAUGUUGAUUCAAGUAAAGUCCCAACACCAGCGUCACGUUAUGGUGGUUAUUAUUCAAUAUAUCAUCCACAGAAUUAUUCAGGUUCAAUAACACCAUUAAGUUGUUAUUCACAUCCAUUUGAAAUGAUACAUAUUGAAAGUUUAAGAGAAAAAUUAAAUAGACUAACACGUGAUAAAGUUGAUCAUGAUGAUUCAUUAGGAAAACAACGAAGUAUAGAUCUUAGUGAAGGACGCAAAACACCAACGGAAUAUCCAACAAGAAAACACUUACCAAAACGAGAUGAUUUUGGUAUUGUUCAUAUAGCCAAAGAAGCAACUCCAAUAGAAUUCGAUUAUGAAAUACCAUCAACUAAAACCUUAUCUGCUAUGGAUACAGUUGUUCAAGAAACACCUGUUUCUUCAAUAAAACUUGAUGCUAAGAAAUUAGAUGAAGACGUACCACAAAAACAACAACAACAACAAGAAUCUACUAUUAUAACGACUGAACAACCAACUCAAAUCCUUGAUGAUACUUCACCUACGCGUACUAAUUUACCAUCUCAAACAGUAACACCUGUAGGUGAACGUUUAAUAAAAUCAAAAAUCAUACCCGAACAAGCACGUGCACUAGCACAUGCACUUAAACAUGCUGUUGUUAAACCAUUAAAAAAAACAAUAGCUACAAAAAAAAUGAAAUCUUUUGAAAUGAAUACAAAUGAACCACAAAUAACACAUUCAUUAUCAACACCAUCAUCAAUGAUUAUUGAAAAUUCCGAUAAUAUUGUAAAUGAAACAUAUGUUGAUUCACUUGAAUCAAUAAGUCCUUUAGCAUUAACACCACCACCAGCUAAACCACCACGUCAUAAUGAUGAAUCUGGUUCAUCAUCAUCUAUAGAUAUAAGUUCACCACCAACAAAACCACCUAGACAUUUUUCUUUAUCGAGUACUAAUAAUAAUGAUGAUGAUGGUCUAAUACAACAAACAGAUAAUGUUGUUAAAAAAGUUUUAAAUCUUGUUGAUACAUUUGGUAUCAUAUCAGAUAAUGAUCAUGAUAUGAAUAUUUUACGACAAACAUCACCGUCAGAAACCUAUGUACAACAACAACAACCAUCAACUAUUGAUGAAUUUGAAAAUGAAAAUUUAAAUAAUUUUCAUACAAUUAAUACAUUUACUGUUGAUCCAGCAAGAAUAAUUUUAAAAACUGAUUCAUCAUUAAUAACAAAAUCAUUUGAUGAACCUUCAGCAACACAUUCAUCAUAUCCAAUUGUAUCGUCAUCAAAUGAUUUUUCAUUUUCUUCGAAUGAUAAUAAAACUCCUAUUGAAAUAACACAAUUAGCAAACAAUUUAACAGAAAAUAUUUUUGAAGAAAUUGAAAAAGAAUUUGAAAGACAAGAGCAAUUAAAAAAUCUUAAUACAAAUAUAAAUAAUGAUCGACAAAAUUUAAUUGAUAAAUUAUCUACACAAUCAUCAAAAUCAACAAAUAAUACAUUUCGUGAUAAUGCACCAUUAUUACCUCAAUCAAUAGCAACAACACAUCCAGCAUCAAUUCAAUCGACGACCCGUCCUCUAAUGUUUGUUUCACUUGAGCCAAGUUUUAAUAUAACAAAAACAUUUUCACCAUUAAUUGAUAUUGUUACAACAAAACCGACACCAAAAAUAACAACAUCCGUUACAGUCAUAAGUCCACCACAACCAGAAAUUUCAUCAACAAUAACAACAAAUAUAAAUUCUGAUGAUGAAGAACAAUUAAAUAGUUCUUCCACAUUAAUGCCAAAUAGUAGUAUAGCUUCCGAUCGUUCGAAAUUUUUGCAAACUAGUAGUAAAGAAAGUAGUAUUGAUUCAAAUGAUACAAAUCUAUCAGAUAAUGCUAUAUCACAACAAUUAAAUACAGGUAGUGCAACACCGGCACGUUCACUGCUAUCGGAUUAUGAUAAUUUACAUGGUUCAUACGGAAGUUUAAAUGAUGACACUCAACAGCCGAUAUCUCUGCCUCCAAUUUCCGCAAUAUCAUCUGAAGCAAUAUCAUCUAUGCCGACAAUUACUAAUCCAACUGCAACAACAUCAAUGUCAACGAUUAAUGAAAGUUUCGAAAGUAUACCAUCAUCUACUGGAACAUAUGCAACCGCUAUGAGUACAUUGACAAAUGAUACUACAAGUGAUUCAACAACACUAACUCAACAUAUAAAUUCCUAUAUAAGUGAUGAAGAUCUUGUUGAAUCAUAUGAAGUUGAAACACCAACCCUCCCAUCUAGCAAUCCAUUUCGUUUUAUUAAAGCAUCGCCGCCUAUAAUCGAAGUUGUCGAAGACAAUAGUGAACCUGCUGAUGAAGACGAUAUGUCAUUUUUAAAUGAUAUUCUUGAACAAUACAAUCAUAAUUUUCAUUUACAAGACACUCCUGCAAGACAUAUUAGUGAUACGGAACAAAUAUCAACUGAUGUGAAUAAAGAAAUUACUAUUGCUGGCAAAGGAGAAGAGCCAUCACCACCAUCAUCAUCAAAAACAUCAUCAUUAUUAUUCUCUUCUACUUCUCCUUCUACUAAUUUUCCUUUUUUUUCUUCUUCUCGUAUGACUACUAUAACAGAAUCUAAUAUUUCACCACCAAUGACAAGUCAAUCAUCAACAUUACCAUAUCGACAAUCAAAUGAUAUUCCAUUAAGAGAAUCAAUUAUUCAUGAAGAUAAAACAAUAUUAGAUGAACAACAUGAUAAAAAUGUUACUAAUAUUAAUCUUCAAUCACCAACACAUCAACGUCGUUUACCAUUACCGAAUAAAUUAACAUUUGAACAAAAUAUAACAAAUCUUAUUGAAAAUGAAUCACCUUUAUUACAAUCAGAAUUAUUAACAGCUGAACAUGAAUUAUCUGUAUUACGUUCACGUUUAGCUGUUAAUGAAGGUGUUACAGCUGUAACAGGUACAAUACUUAAAUCACUUAAAGGACAAUUUGAACCACAUCAUAAAGUUGAUACAGCAACAUCACCAUUUGAUAUAUCAAAACUUAAUUUAUUUCAACAUUCAUUAGCUAUACAAACAUCACCAAUGAUUGAAACAUUACCUGAUAUACCAGAAUCUGUUGAAAUACAUUAUGAUGCACAAACAGUUAAAAGUCCAUAUUUACUUGUUAAAGCAAAAAAUUCAUUUUGGAUAGCACAACCCAUACCUGUUGCUGAAGCACAAUCACAUUUAAAAAAAUUUUCAUCACCUGUUAUGAAACGUGCUACUGUGAAAUUACCAAGAACAUUUGAUCAAACAUUUUUAACUGAUAGUGAUACGGAUGAUGAACAAAUUAUAACAAGUCAAUCAAUGGAAGAUAAACAAUUAAAUAAACCUAUAAAUAUUGAUAAUGAUAUUUCAAAUGAAGUACCAUCAUCAACGAUUAUUGAAGAAUCAAGUAGUCCAUCGAAUGAAAAUUUAUUAUCGUCAACAGAUAAAUUUUCAUCGGUUCUUACAGAAAAUAAACUUGAAAAUGAAAUUCCGAUGGAAGAUAAACAACCAACAUCUGAUGUAAAAGAACCAAUAUUGGAAAUUAAAAAAAUACGUUCAUCCUCACUUCUACGAGUUGAAGAACAAUUUGAACAAUUCGAUGAUAAAAUUGAUGAAAUUUAUUCCAUUAUUGAUUAUUUAAAAAAUACAAAAUUAACAUCAACAAAUUUUAAUACUAUACAUACAAAAAUAAAUGAUUUAAAAACAAUCAUAUCUGAUAUAAAUUUAAAUAAACAAGAUGAAUUACGUAUUGAAUAUGAAUUAGAUGAAUUACAAAAUUUAUUUCAUACAAUAAAUGAUAACUUAAUAAAUCAAUUACAUCAACAAGAAGAUUAUAGUUUAAUUGAUUUAUUUGAACAAAAUGUUAAUGAAUUACGUCGUAUUAUAAAUGAUAUUAAAUCGAAACAAACAAAUUUAACAACAACUAAAAUAAAUGAAUCCGAAAUAAAAUCAGAUGAAAAUUUACAAGAAAAUCUAUCCAAACAAAUGAUUCCCCAUGAUGCAGAUUGGUCACCUGAACAAAUGGCUGAAUAUUUUCAACGUGGACCUGAUGGUGAAUUAUUAUUAUCGAAACAAGCACAUUCACAUCUUAUACCUGAAAGUCCUGUUAUAACACGUGAUGUCUUUUUUGAAGGUGAUAAAUCAAUUCAAGAAAAACGAUCUUCUCAUCCACAUGUAACACAUCUAAUACCUGAAGAUGCACGUGUGAGUGCUGAUAGUUUUUAUGAAGGUGAUGUACAUCGUUCAUUAUAUCAUAAAGAAAAAGCCAAAGAAACGAUGGUUCAUGACAAACAUCUUAUACCAGAAAGUCCACGCGUUUCAAGUGAUGUUUUUUAUGAAGGUGACUCACAACGUUCAAUGUUUGUUGAACGUUCAUCAUUACCACAAAUGGAAUCCAUACAACCAUCAUCAAUUGAUAAUCUUCGAAGUAUAAUGAGUGAUUUAAUGCUUGCUGCUUCAUGGUCAAAAAAAUCAUAUAAAAUUGAUGAACAACAAAUAAAACAUAAUGAUGAAGAAAUUCUUGCUGAAUCAUUUAUAACAACAGAACAACAUUAUCCACCAUCAAAAUUAUAUGAAAUUGUACAUGAAAUUGAAAAUUUUCCAUUAACAUUACCAACACAAAAACUUGAUGAAUCAACAAUUGAAGUUGAAGAACUUGAUACAAGAUCACCAUUUACUUCUCAAUCACCUAUUUUUAUACAUCGAACUAUUUUAACACGACAAGAUACUGAACGAUGGCCACAAGAUGAAACAAUUAUUAUUGAUGAACAAGCACAGGAAGAUAUAUUAAAAACGACUGAGCUUGAAAAAAUUACAGAAGAUAUUCGACAACAUGCUGAAAAUUCUUUAAAUUUAUUGAAACAAAAAGAAGAAGUCUAUGAAAAACGAUAUCAAUUACCACAAAUCAUAGAUCAGCAAAUUAUUAUCGAUGAUAACCUUUAUGAUAAAUCUAAAAAACAUAUAGAAGAACGAAAAGAUAAUAUUUUUAUUGAAACACCACAGGAAGAAAUUGAAGAAAGAGAUGAAAAUGACCAAUAUCAUAUUGAAAAAACAUGGAGUACAGAUAAAAUCAUAGAACCUUCAUCCAUUAUUCCAACAGAUGAGGAUGUACAAGCUUUACAUAAACCCCUAGAUGAAUACCAACAGGAACAACAACAAAAGAGUGAACUUCGCACAUCAGCACAAGCAGAUCAAUAUGAAUAUCAACUAGAAUCAAAACUAGCCUCGGAACAACUGCCUACGGAUUUAACACGACUGAUUGAAAAUGAAGAACAACUAUCAAGUCCAAUACAUACGCCCAUUGAAGAAAAACACGAACUUCAACGACGAUUAAGCUCCGAGAAGCACAGUAUUGAAUCUCCUCAUCUUAGUGAACAAGAAGAAGAGCAAUAUGAACCAAAAUAUGAGACAUUUGAACAAGAUCGUCAUGAACCAUUGCUCACUUUUCAACAACACUUCAUCGAACAUCCUGAACUAGAUAUUCAACAAAAAGAUGAACAAGCAGAUUAUUAUGAAAAUGAAAAAAUACUAACCACCGAUACAACCAUAAUCAAACCAUUGGAAACAGCCGAAAAACAAGAAAAGCGCCAUGAUGAAGAAACAGUGAAAUUAGAAAGAGAAGCCGGUGAAAUCUAUGAAGCAGAAGAAUUCGAAACUCAACAAAAACGAACUAGUCCAGAGAUUCACAGAGAAUCAUCUCAUGAAAGUGGUCAUGAAGAAGAAGAAGAAACAGAACAAUAUCAACCUCAGCGAAAACUUAGUGAUGAUAAAAUCGUUCUUGAAUCUUCUCCAGUGAUCGAAGAACCUCAACAUGAACCAAGUUCAACAUUUGCAGCAAUCCCUACUACAUUUCAGCAAGAAAUCCACGAAAAAUAUGAACCAAGAGAAGACUAUCAUAUUAAACAGAAGUUAACUACCGAACAAAUCAUUGCCGAAUCUCCAGAACUUAGUGAACAUGAACACGAAGAAGAUCAAUAUGAACCAGAAUCCAUAACAAGUUCAGAGAAGAUACAAAUUGAGCCUAGUGAAACAAUAGAAGUAGAUCAUCAUGAAGCAUUACUUAGCUCUGGUCGAGAAUUCGUCGAAUUUCCUGAAUUACGCACUUCAUAUACUGAUGAACAUGUUGUUGAAUAUCGAGAAACAGUAAAAGAAGAAGAAAAAACACCUCAUGAUGAAGAAUUGUUGGAAACACAAAAACCAGUCAGUGAAAUCCAUGAAAUCCAUGAUUAUGAAAUCGAACAAAAACCAACUCGUGCGGAUAUUCACAUCGAAUCACCUCAUGAAAGUGAUCAUGAAGAAGAGGAGGAAGAAGAACAAUAUGAACCACAACGAAAACCUAGUGAUGAGCAAGUUGUUCUUGAAUCUCCUCCAGUAACUGAAGAAGCUCAAUAUAAAGCAAGUUCAAUUUUGACAGCAGUUCCAAUUGCAUUCCAUCAAGAAGCUCAUGAAGUAAAACAUGAACCCGAAGAAGAUUAUCAAAUUCAACGCAAGUUAAGCACUGAACAUGUCAUCGUUGAAUCUCCUGAAAUUAGUGAACAUGAACAAGUAGAAGAUCAAUAUGAACCAGAAUUACGAACAAGUUCAGAUAGAAUUCAAAUUGAACCUGCUGUAACAAUUGAAAAAGAACGCGAAGAAACAUUACUCGCUCCUACACAACAAAUCAUCGAACCGACUGAAUUAAUCACUACACACAGAGAUGAAGAACAGGAUUACUAUGAAUCCGAAGAAGAACUCAUCAGUGAUAAUAUUGUUGUUGAACCUCCGAAAAUAGUCGAAGAAGAAGAAAAACAUCAUGAUGAAGAAUUACGGGAAUUAGAAAAAGAAGCCGGUGAAACUCAUGAAGCCGAGGAAUAUGAAACCGAACAAAAACCAACUGCUACUGAUAUUCACAUCGAAUCACCUCAUGAAAGUGAUCAUGAAGAAGAAGAGAAAGAAGAACAAUAUCAAUCCCAACGAAAACCUACUGAUGAGUCAGUUGUUCUUGAAACUUCUCCAACAACCGAAGAAGCUCAAUAUGAACCAAGUUCAACCUUUGCAGCAGUUCCGAUUGCAUUUCAGCAAGAAAUCCAUGAAGUGAAACACGAACCUGAAGAAUAUUAUCAAACUGAACGCAAGUUAAGCACAGAACAGAUUAUCAUCGAAUCUCCACAACUUAGUGAACAUGAACAAGAAGAAGAGGAAUAUGAACCAGAAUUAAUAACAAGUUCUGACAAGAUUCACAUUGAACCUCGUGAAACAGUUGAACAAGAUCGUCAGACAUCAUUAGACACUUCAUACACGGAUAAAAAAGAAGACCAUUAUGAAUUUGAAGACAAAUUAACUCGUGAUAAGAAUGUCUUCGAGUCUUCAGAAAUCGCCGAAGAAGAAAGACUGCAUAAGAAAGAACCAUCAGAACAAGAAAAAGGAGCCGGUGAAAUUUCUGAACCAAUUGAAUCUGAAAUCGAAGAAAAAAUAAGUGGUGCCGAUAUUCACUUGGAAUCAUCUCAUGAAAGUGACCAUGAAGAAGAACAAAUUCGACCUGAUCGAAAACGUAGCACUGAUCAAAUCAUUGUUGAAUCCGAAGAAGUUCAAAAAGAUCAAUAUGAACGUGCUUCAAGUUUUGAACAAAUUCCAAGUGCAUUUCAUGAAGAAAUACAUGAGAUGAAACAGGAGCCAAGAGAAGAUUAUCCAACUGAAAGAAAACUAAGCACCGAACAGAUUAUUACUGGUUCUACAGAAGUUAGUGAACAUGAAGAAGAAGAAGAGCAAUAUGAACCAGAAUCGAUAACAAGUUCGGAGGAGAUCAAAGUUGAAGAAGAUCGUCAUGAACCGUUAUCAACUGGUGCACAACAGUUCAUCGAACCUGCUGCAUUGGUUGCCCCACACAUAGGUGAACAAAAAGACGAAUAUGAAUCUGAAGAAGAACUAAGUGUUGACAAGAAUGUUAUCGAAGCUCCAGAAACAGUCGAAGAAGAAGAAAAACAUCAUGAUGAAGAAUCACUGGAAUUAGAAAAAGAAACCGGUAAAACUCAUGACAUAGAUGAACAUGCAAUUCAACAACAACCAACUGCUGCUGAUAUUCACAUCGAAUCACCUCAUGAAAGUGAUCAUGAAGAAGAGGAGGAAGAAGAACAAUAUCAACCUCAAAGGAAAUCUAGUGAUGAGCAAGUUGUUCUUGAAAUUUCUCCAAUAACCGAAGAAGCUCAAUAUAAAGCAAGUUCGAUCUUGGCAGCAGCUCCUAUUGCAUUCCACCAAGGAGUCCAUGAGGUAAAACAGGGACCUGAAGAAGAUUAUCAAAUUGAACGAAAGCUUAGUUCCGAACAAGUCAUCGUCGAAUCUCCAGAAGUAAGUGAACGUGAACAAGAAGAAGAGAAAUAUGAACCAGAAUCGAUAACAACUUCAGAGGAGAUCAAAACUGAGCUUAGUGGUACAGUUGAACAAGAUUUUUAUGAACCAUUACUGGCUUCUGCACAACAACUCAUCGAACCGGCUCAACAAGUCACUGGACACAGAGAUGAAGAAGAAGAUUACUAUGAAACUGAAGAAGAAUUAACUAGUGACCAGAAUGUUAUCGAAUCUGCAGAAAUAGUUGGACAAGAAAAGAGACAUGAUGAAGAACUGUUGGAAACAGAAAAAACAACCGGUGAAAUUUAUGAAACAGGCGAAUAUGAAAUCGAACAAAAAUCAACAGGUGCGAAUGUCUCGUUAGAAUCGCCACAUGAAAGUGAUCAUGAAGAAGAGCAAGAACAACGACUUUCUGAACGAAUACGUAGUACUGACGAAGUCAUUGUUGAAACACCUGAAAUCGUCGAGCAUGAAAAGUCACCAUUCGAACAAUUUCACCAUGAUGAACAGAUUAAUAUAAUACCACGUGACGAAAUGGAAAGAGAAGAAUCAGAACCAAUCGAUCAUCAAGAAUCACAUGAAAGAUUGUGUUCUCAAAAGACCGAACUCGAAUUUCUUCAAUUCAGUGAACCAGAGGAGGAUGAAGAUGAAUUUCAACAAUCACAGCUUGAUCGAAGAGCUUAUAUUAUAUCUUCUCAAGAAACUCGACCAACGGAAAUAGAAGUCGAAGAACAGUAUCCAUCAGAACGAAAACUAAGCUCGGAAAAAAUCGCCAUCGAAUCGGCACAAAUUAUUGAACAUGAUCAAGAAGAAAAAGCUUAUGAACGACCAUUAACUUCAGAGCAAAUUUCCGAUGAAGAAAAAGAAGUACAUAAACGAAAACUAAGUGUCGAAAAGCGCUCCACUGAGUCUCCCGACCUUAGUGAACAUGAAGAAGAUCAAUACGAGCAAAAAUUUGAAACGGAAUCUAUAUCAAGUUCAGAAAAGAUAAAGAUCGAACCUACUGAAACAUUUGAACAGCAACGUCAUGAACCAUUACUAAUUUCUCAACAACAAUUCAUCGAACAUCCUGAACUUCGCAUUCAACACAAAGAUGAAGAAACACUCGAAACUGAGAAAGAAGCUGGUGAAGUUCAUGAAGAAAAUGAAUAUGAAAUCGAGCAAAAAUCAACUGGUACAGAUAUUCAUGUAGAAUCACCUCAUGAAAGUGAUCACGAACAAGAAAAAAGACAAUACGAAUCAAGUUCAGGUUUCGAAGGCUUUCCGAUAGCAUUUCCUCAAAAAAGUGAAGAAAUUAAACAAGAAUCUGAAGAAGAUUAUCAAAUUGAACAAAAUUUAAGUACUGAACACGACGUUACUGGGUUUUCAGAACUAAGUGAACACGAAGAAGACGAAUAUCAAUAUGAACAGAGAUAUGAAACUGGACAAUAUCAGUCACCAUCUAUCACAAGUCCAGACAAGAUGGACAUUGAAUCUGUCGAAAUAACUGAACAAGAUCAUUCUGAACCAUUACAAACUUCUGCACAACAAUUCAUCAAACCUCCUGAAAUCGACACACAACAGAAAGAUGAACAAAAAUUAACCACUGAUGAAAUUGUUAUUGAAUCUCCAGAAAAAGUCGAAGGAGAAAUGAAACAUGAUGAUCAAGAAACAUUGGAAUUUCAAACAGAAGUUGGUGGUAUUCAUAAAGAAGAUAAAUAUGAAGUUGAACGAAAGUUACGUGACGAAAAUAUUCAUUUAGAAUCACCUCAUGAAAGUGAUCAUGAAGAAGAACAAGUUCAACCUGAACGAAAACGUAGUGCUGAUCAUAUCGUUGUUGAACCCGUAGAAAAAUUCGAACAAGAUCAAUAUGCACCAACAUUGAGCUUAGAACAUGUUCUACAUCAAUAUCACCAAGUAAUUCAAAACGAAGAACAAGCUCUAGAAGAAAUUAAUGAAAUGCAACGAAUGCUAACCAGUGUACAACGCAUGACUGGAUCUCCAGAACAAAGUAAACAGAAACAACAAGAAGAUCAAUAUGAACCAGAAUCUUUAUCUAGUUCACAAAAGAUUCAUAUCGAACCUACUAAAACAGUUGAAGAAGAUCGUUCUAAGCCAUUACUCACCACUCAACAACAAUUCAUCGAGCAGCCUGAAGCAGGCAUUCAACACGAAGAUGAAGAACAAGAACAUGAUAAAGAAUCAUCAGUAUAUGAAAAAGCAGCCGGUGAAACUUCCGAAGUAGACAAAUACGAAAUCGAACAAAAAUCAACUCGUUCCGAUAUUCAUUUACAAUUACCUCAUGAAGGUUAUCAUGAAGAAGAACAAGUUCAACCUGAACGAAAAUUUCGUGCUGAUCAAGUUGUUGUUGAACCCUCUCAAGAAAGCGAAGAAGAAGACCAAUAUAAACCAACAUUGAGUUUAGAACAUGUUUUAAAUCAAUAUCACCAAGUCAUUGAAAAAGAGGAACAAGACCUAGAAGAAAUUAAUGAAGUUCAACGAGUGUUAACUGCUGUACAAGCCAUAGUCGGAUCUGUUGAACCUAUCGAACAGAAGCAAACAGAAGAUCAAUAUAAACCAGAAUUAAGAAUAAGUUCGGAUUACAUUCAAAUCGAACGUGGCGUACCAGUUGAAAAAGAACGUGAGGAACCAUUGCUCAGUUCUCAACCAAGAUUUCUCGAACUUCUGGAAGCUGAAACUUCUCCGACGGAUGAAGAAAAAGAUCACUAUGAAUCCGAAGAAGAACUCAAUAGUGAUAAUAUGGUUGUUGAAUCUCCGAAAACAGUCGAACAACAAAAAAGACAUCAUGGAGAAGAAUCAUGGGAAUUAGAAAAAGAAACCGGUGAAACUCAUGAGACAGAGGAAUAUGAAACCGAACAAAAACCAACUGCUACUGCUAUUCACAUCGAGUCACCUCAUGAAAGUGAUCAUGAAGAAGAAGAGGAAGAAGAACAAUAUGAAUCUCAGCGAAAAUCUAGUGAUGAGCAAGUUGUUCUUGAAUCUUCUCCAGUGACUGAAGAAGCUCAAUAUAAAGUAAGUUCAAUUUUGGCAGCAGCUCCAAUUGCAUUCCAUCAAGACACUCAUGAAGUAAAACACGAACCUGAGGAAGACUAUCGAAUUGAACGAAAGUUAAGCACAGAACAAGUUGUCGUCGAAUCUCCACAACUUAGUGAACAUGAACAAGAAGAAGAGUCGAUAACAAGUUCUGACAAGAUUCACAUUGAACCUCGUGAAACAGUUGAACAAGAUCGUCAGGAAUCAUUAGGCACUUCAUACACGGAUAGAAAGGAAGAUCAUGAUGAACCCGAAGAGAAAUUAUUUACUGAUGAAAAGGUUGUUGAAUAUCGAGAAACAGUAAAAGAAGAAGAAAAAACACCUCAUGAUGAAGAAGUGUUGGAAACACAAAAACCGGUCAGUGAAACUCAUGAAAUACAUGAUUAUGAAAUCGAACAAAAACCAAUUCGUGCGGAUAUUCACAUCGAAUCACCUCAUGAAAGUGAGCAUGAAGAAGAAGAAGGAGAAGAAUCAUAUCAAUCUGAACAAAAACGUAGCGCUGAUCAAUUCGUUAUUGAAUCUGAAGAACAACUCGAAGAAGAUCAAUACAAAGGACCUUCAAGCUUUGAGCAAGCUCCAAGUACAUUUCGCCAAGAAAUUGAAGAAGAAAAACAAGAAUCUGAACGAAGUUCAAGCUUUGAAAAAGACAUCGUCGAAUCUCCUGAACUUACUGAACGAGAAGAACAAUAUCAACCAGAAUUUGUAAUAACUUCUGACAUAAUGAAAACUGAAGCUGCUGAAACUGUCAAACAAGAUCAUCAAUUAAUUGAGCAUCCUGAAAUAGACACUCAACACAUACAUGAACAAGAAGAUCACUUGGAAUCUGAAGAGAAAUUAGCUGUUGAUAAGAAUGCUAUUGAAUAUCCAGAAAUAGUCGAAGAAGAAAGAAGACAUCAUGAUAAAGAAUUAUUUGAACCCGAAAAAACAACCGGUGAAAUUUAUGAAGUACAUGACUAUGAAACUGAACAAAAACCAAGUGGAGCAGAUAUUUACAUAGAAUCACCUCAUGAAAGUGAUCAUGAAGAAGAAGAAGAAGUUCAACCUGAGAGAAAACUUAGUAUUGACGAAUUCGUUGUUGAACCAUCUGAAGAAGAGCAAUAUGAACGAACUUCUAGUUUUGAACAAGUUGACGUUGGAUUUCGUCAAGAUAUUGACAAAGAAAAACACGACAUACACGAUGAUUAUGAACAAGAACAAAAAUUAGCUUCCGCAAUAAUUAGUUCUGAACCUCCUCAAAUUAGCGAAUAUGAACCAUUUGAAACAAUCGAUUAUAAACAAUACCAACACGAAAUACCUCGAACUGAUGAAAAAAAUCAAACUGAUGUCGAGAAUAUAUUCAAAUCAGAACGAAAACUUAGUUCCGGAAAGAUCAGUCUCGAAUCAUCUCAAUCCGAUGAACAUGCAGAAGAAAGUCAAAAAUCUCAAGAAGAACCAUUACCCUCUGAAAUACACGAUGCUGAAUCUGCUCAUGCAAUUGAACACUAUGAAGGAAAGUUCGAUACUGAUCAAUAUUCUGAAAAAUCUGAUCAACAAGAAGAGGAUAUUAUCAUAGAAGUACCACAAAAAAUUGAAGAUCAAGACACAGAAUCAAAAUCAUUCGUAUCAAGUGAAUAUGAAAAUGUUGAACAAUCUCAUCAUGAUAAAAUUAUGACUGAACCAUCAGAAAAAACCGAAGAAAAACACGACGAUCAAUCAAUACAAAAGUUAAGUAGUGUUAAAUUUAUUGUUGCAUCGGCUCCAUCAUCUGAAGAAGAAGAAAGAGAAGGAUAUGAAUAUGGACGUGAAUUUCAUAUUGAAUCAAUACCAAAAUUCGAUGAAGAAAUUGACGAUGAAUAUUUUCUUAAAAUGUUAGAAGCAAAAUAUUCAAAUCAACAAGAUAUUUCAUCAGAACAAAAAAUCAAAACUGAUGAAAUCAUUAUUCAAUCUCCUGAUGUAAGUGAACAUGAAGAGCAACAUGAACCAAUUCCAUCUGAAUUUGAUCAAGAAAUUAAAGAAGAAAAAGCAGAACGUAAAUCAAGUGCUGAUCAAAUCAUUACUGAAUCAUUUCCUUUAAUUGAAAAAGAAAAAGAUGAAAAUAUUCUUGAAAGUUCUCCAACGAUUGAUAAAGAACCAAUAGAAAAACAAAUGACUGAUGAAAUUAUAUUUCAAUCUUUAGAAACUAUUAAACAACAAAAUAUUGAAUAUGAACGACCAUUAAGUUCAGGACUUGUUACACUUACGUUUCCUCAACAAUAUGAUGAUGAUACAUAUAAAUUAAAAUCUCAAUAUGAAUUUGAACCAAGUUCAAGUGCUGGAAAAUCUACUAUUGAAUCUUUACAAGAAAAUGAACAAGAUAAUGAAAUUAUAACAGAAACUUCACCAACAUUAGAAUAUCCAUAUGAAUCUUCACAAAGUUUUAAACGUGAAAUAAUUGAUGAUAAUUUUACUAAUCUUGAAUCAUCAUCGUUUCAUAAAGAACAAGAUGAUGACAAUGAUGAAAUUGAACAUCAUCAAUUAAAACGUCCUCAACAAUGGACACAAUCACCAUUUCAACGUGAUGAAAUCUAUGGUGAUAAAUAUCGUCCUACUAAAUAUUCAAUUGAAUCACCUGAAACUGAACUUCAACAAUCAUCAAAUUAUAAAGAACAACACGUAGAAGUUGAAUCACCAAUAACAUCUCAUAUUCAACGUUCAAGUGUAAUAUCACGUACAAUUCCAGCUUAUUCUGACGAAGAAGAAUUAGAAGAACAAGAAGAAAAUGAUUUUCGUCCAACACAUCUUGAUAUUUCUAUACCCGAUGAAGAUUUAUUGAAAACUUCAACAUCUGACGAACAAAUCUAUGAGGAAAAUAAUCAAUAUGAAAAUGUUCUUAUUCAAACAUCAAAUGAUAUUGUUGAUCAAAUUUUAAAUGAUGCUAUUCGAGAAACAACAGAACAAGAUUUAAAUUAUUCAUUAUAUCAAACAGCAAAAGACAUUGUUCAUGAUGUUAUAGAUAAUGUUCAAAAAAAAUAUGAUGAUGAUAUUGUUUCAUCACAAAUUGAAGAAGCAACAAGUGCAGAUGUAUCAAUAAGUGAUAUAACUGAUUGGUCGGCACUUGUUAAAACUACUCCUGAUAUAACAAAUCAAGAAAAACCAACUCAAAGAACAGAUAGUUCAAGCGAUCAUGAAGAAGAAAAACAACAACAAGAAGAAAGUCCUAAAGAUGAAUAUACAAUAUCCGAUGAAGAUGAUGUUGAAGAAAAAAAUAAACUUGUUCCAACAACAAUGGAUCUACCAUAUUUAUCUGUAUCAGAUGUUGUUACAUCAAAAUCAACACAAGAACUUGGUAAUCUUGUUCAAGAAUUACAAACACUUGAACAACAAAUAAAUGAAAAUAUUGAUCUUCAUCAUUCAUUAUCAACAUCGUCAUCAUCAUCAUCAACAUCAUCAAUAUCAGAAAAUGAUGAAAUUCAUCAUUAUGAUUUAAAUAAUGCACAAAUAACAAAAACAACAUCAACUAAUGAAUUAACAAAUCUUAUUGCAGAAUUACAAACAAUUGAAGAACAACUUGAAGAUAAACUUGAUUCGAAAUUAGAACAAAAAACUGAUAUACCUGUAUCAUCAGAAUCUAUACAUGAACUUGGUAGUUUAAUGAAUGAAUUAAAUGAUGUUACAGAACAAUUACAGGAACGUUUACAACAAGAACAAACUGUUCAAUCAACAAAUAUUGAUCAAUUAUCACAUGAUAUAAUUAAAUAUCGUCGUGAUUCACAAACCAAUGCAUCAGAGAAGUAUUCACAUCGUACAGAACGACGACCAUCAAGUCCACCAACAUCACCAUUAUAUAAACACGAAUUUGUUCAUGUUACAUGUCAAUCUAUGAGUGAUGUUGAUCAAGUUCAAGAACAGUUACGACAUGAACAUGAAGAAAAUGCAAUUUUAAAAGAUAUGAUUAAUACAAUUAUUAAUCAAGCACAACAAAAUAUACAAUCGGGCUUACCAGAAGUUUCACAAUCAGCUCUAAAAGCUGUUCCAACACUUGUUAUUAAUCAACGUCGUAUGCCAUAUAUUCAAUCAUCAGCUACAAGUAUAUCAGAUGAAUUAGAUUUUUCUCAUGAUGAUAGUACCGGUGAUAAAACAAGUGAAUUAGCUGCUCAACUUGAUUAUCUUCGACGUAUGUCACGUUAUGAAAAUUUACUAGAUGAACAACAUCAUAUUGAAAUAGUAUCAAAUGAAACUAAUCGACGUAUGCAUGAAGAUACAAUUAUUCAUAUAACACCGGAUGAUGAUGAAAAUGAAAUCAUGUCAACAAAUUAUUUAACUAUUGUUCGAGAAGAACAUCAAGCUUUAGAUGAAUAUGACGAAGAUCAUGAUGAAGAUAAAGAUAAAGAAAAAAAGAAAAAAACUAAACGUAAAUGUUCUGAAGAUGAUGAUAAAUCUUUAUCAGAACAUCAUGAUUCAGACGAUGAUGAUGAUCAUGAUCAUGAUUAUAAAGAUAAUAAACCAUCAAUACCUUUACAUACAAUUGAAACUAUUCAAUCUGAAUCAAAUCAACAAUCAACACCAACUGAAUCAAAUCAAAAACAAUCUCAACAACAUCAACAACAACAAAAAGAACAAAUGGAAAUGAGUCGCGAUUCCAUAAAUGAAUUAAUGAUAAUGAGUCAAGAUUCUCUUAAACAACGUUCAUCUGAUUCACUUGAUGCUGAACAAGAAUUAAAAUAUCUUCUAUCCAAUCCUAAUACAUCAACAAUAUCAACAAAUGAAACUGAUGAUUUUAUGUAUAAACAACAUACAAAUGAACCAACACCAAGUCGUAUGAUGAUGAAAUAUGAUGAAGAUGAUACAAAUGAUAUUCGAUCAACAACAAAACAAUAUUCAUUAAUAUCAAAUGAAAUUGAAAUAGGACAAUUACCUGUUAUACAUGCACGACGUACAGCGAGUGAAAAUAGUCUUUUUAGUACAUCAUCAUCAUCAAUACAUAUGUAUGAUAGUCAUUCAUUAUCAGCAUCAUGUUUAGUUGAUAAAGAUGAUUUAACACCAUCAAAUGAUUAUAUUGAUUAUCAACAAACUGUUUUCUAUGAUGAUUCACAAAAAAAUCAACAAAUUUAUCGUGAAACAACAACAACAGAUGAUGAUAAUCAGUAUAAUAAUUUAAAUACAAAUAUAACAUCAUCACCAACAACUGGUAUUGGUUUUUUUGAUCGUGUUAAAGCAUUUGUUACAAAACCAGUUGAAAUUGUACAAGAAGCUAUGGAAAACCGUCGUAAACAACGAUCAACAUCAUCAUUAAGUAGUAAUGCAGAUUUAAAUGAUAAACAAAUAUUAGAUAAUGAACAAAAUUUAUCUUCAUCACCAUCAUCUCAACAACAACAACAACAACAUUUUCAUUCAGCAUAUGAUUUAUAUGAUGAAGAAAAAUUAAAACUUGUUCGUAGUCCAGAAUUAUAUGAUAUGGAUAAUGUUAAUAGUUUCAAUCAAAAGGUUUUAUUAACAAAUUUACAAGCACAAAAUCGUACACAAUCAGAAUCAGCAUUAGUUAUAGAUGAUUUAAAACAUCAUAGUAUAGAAACAGCAAGUAAUGAAGCAUCUGAAGAAUUUUUACCAACUAUAUCAAAAGAUAAUUCAUUAGAAUUUAUACAACAACAACAACAACAACAACGUCAUUCAACACCUUUUGAUGAUGUUAUGGAAAAAGAAUCAAGUUCAGAACAUUCAGAAUCAUAUAAUAUACCAACAUCAGCUUUUUCUGAUGCAUUUGAACCAACUAGUAGUUGUCAAAGACCAUUAGCACUUACUUUACCUGGACAACAACCAUCAUCACCACCACUACCACAACAACAACAACAAACUAUUGAAGAAUCAAUGACUGAAGAAGAAUUUGAUACACUUGCUGCUGAUUAUGUUCAUCAAGUAUUAAAUGAUGUUGUAGCACAAAUGAUUGGUGAACAUGAUGAUUCUUUAAGUAAUAAAAGUGAUAAAUUAGUAGGUAAUGAUACAUCAUCAGAUGAUGAUGAAGAUGAACUUGUUGAAGCAGAAGAUGAAGAACAAAAUCAAAAUCCAAUACCAACUGAUACAAGUUCAUUUAGUGUUAAUGAUCGUUAUAGUGCUGAUGAAUCAUCCAAUACACGUGAACAAUCAGCUGAUGAAGAAACUUCAGCACGAUCAUCAACAACAGCAACACCAACAAAAACUUCAUGUCAUAAAAAUAUAUAUACUGAAGAUCUUAUUGAUGAACAAACACCAAUUAUAUUAAAAUCACCACCAAUUGUUAGUCAUGGUUCACAAUCAGAUACAGGUACAUAUUUUAGUAUAGUAUCACCAUCAAGUGGUGAUUAUGUUGAUGCUUAUAGUACUCAUUCAACCAUUGAUGAUGAUAAAUUAGGUCUUCAAUAUCAUACACAAUCAAAUUCUAGUCAAUAUUUAACAGCUAAUGAUGAAACACCAAAUUUAUUAACAUCUGAUGAUAAUGAAUAUAUUAAUGAACGUGGUAAAAUAAAUUAUGCUUAUAAUGAUUCAAGUUCAGAUGAUAAUUAUUCAAAUAAAAAUCGUCAAGAAAAUUUUAUAAUAACAAAUGAAAAAAUAUCUGAAGAAAAAUAUUCCGGUGAAGGUGAAGAAAGUAGUAGUGGUAAUCAAACAUAUGUUCAACAACGACGAAAACGUUCAAAUGAACAACGUUCUUCAUUAUUAAAUGAUUUAACAACAAAUACAUCAGAAUCAACUACAACAAUAAUACCACAACCAACAACAAAAAGUGUUUCAUUUAAAUUAGAUUUAAAUGAAAAUUUUCAACGUUCACCACGUUUAUCAACAAGUAGUGGAACAACAAUACCAAGACAAGAAAGUCUUGAUUCACCAUUAAAUGAUUCAAAUGAUAAAUCAAUAAUAAAAAUUUUACAAGAUGAAAUUCUUCGUAGUAAUUUAGAAACAAUUAAAAAUGAUUUAGAAUUAAAUUAUCCAUAUGAUAGAGAAAUUUAUCCAUCAACAUCAACACCAACAACAAUACAACCAACAAAAAAAACUUUAUCAUCAUCAGAAUAUGAUGCUGGAAGUGAAAGUGAUCAAGAUUCAAUAUUAGUUGAUUCAAUUAAAACAACUAUACAAGAAAAAUUAAAUGAUAUUUAUCAUGAUAAAGAAUCAUUUAUUGAUAGAAUUAAAUUAAAAUUUGAACGUUCAUUAGAUCGUUUAGUUGAAAAAACAUUAGCUGGAGAAGUAAAUACAAGUAAAUCAGAUAUAAUAUCACCAUUUACUGAUCAAAGUCUUGAUCGUUCAUUACCAACAAUAGCACAACCAUCAACUAUGAUUCAUGCGCAUAGUGAACAAUUAUUACAAGCAUGUCCAGAUGAACUUGACUAUGGUACAUUACAACGUUUUAGUUCUGAUAGUUGUAUAAUAAUUCAUGUACCUGAACAAUAUACACCAUCAUCAACAUUAUUUUUUGAUCAAUUAAAAACCGAUCAAAUAGAAAAAAAAUCUUCAUCAAAUCAACAAACAUCUGCAUUUAGUUAUUAUACAAAACAAGAUCAUCAACAACCAUCAAGUAGUCCAAUAGAAAUGUUAAAUCCAACAAAUGAAUUAAUUGAAAAUAUAUCACCGAUUAAUCGUUAUACACCACGUUCAUUAGAUGAUUCAUCAGUUGAAUUAGGUGAACGUGAUAUGACAGAUAUGUCUGAUGAAUUUGUUUUAGUAAAAAAUUUAUCACCAUUAACAAAUACAAAAGAUAUUAAAAAUGAUACACCAUCAAAUACAUCAUCAAGUUCAUCGGAAAAACAUGAAAGUCCUGAUUUAAUUGAUAUACUUCAACAUCAAUGUGAUUAUCCACCACUUGAUACAGGUUUUGAUUUACGUUCUGGUACAACAUUAGAAACUGUUUAUGAAAGUCCAGAAUUACGACAAGAUGAAAUUAAAUCAGCUAUAAGUACAUUAAGUUUAACAACAACUGAUAAUAAUCGUCCAUAUUCAACAGAAAAUAAUUCAUCAAAUACACCAAAUACAGAUGAUUCAUUAAUGGAAUUUGAACGUAUUGAAAUGGAAUUAUUAAAAAAUACAUCAACAACAAAUAUUAUUGAUAUUGUACGUGAAAUACGUUCAUCUGUUGAUUCAUUAACACAACAACAACAACAUGAUGAUAAUAAUAAAGUUGAAUCAUUUAUUGAAAAACAUUAUCCAACAAUACAAAAUGAUGUUGAAAAUGUUCUUAAUGAUAUACUUGAUAUGACAAGUGAUUUAACACAUUCAAUAUCAUCACAAUCAGAUGCAACAACAGUUAUAUAUAAAUCUCAACAUCAUUCAUUUGAUGAUGAUUAUGUUGAAAUAACACAUGAUGAUAUUAAAAAUCAAGAACGAAAUUUAUUUUCAUCGGAUGAAGAUAUUCUUCAUAAUCAAACAACAUUAUCUAGUCAUGAUAAACGUCGUUUAUCAGCACCAAAUAAUGAAAAUAUAUCAAGACGUCUUAAAACACCAUCAUCAAGUUCAUCAUCAUCAUCAUCAUUUUCAUCAACAUCUCGUUCUGUGAUAUAUUCUCAACAACAUUCACAUCCAUCUUAUCAACAACAACGUUUAUUACAAGCUGAAACAGAUUUAGCUAGUUUUAAACAACAUCAACAAACACAAUCAGCAACUGAUUUACCAUUUUUACCUCCAUUUGUAAAUACAAAUCCUAUUAAAAGAAAAAAACAAUCAUCAUCAGUUUCAUCAACACCAACACUUUUUCCUACUGAAAUAACUAGUGGAGAUUCUAAGAAAAAAACUCAUUCACAUCCCGGUUCGUUAGGAGGUAGUCAAGUACCUCCUCGGUCAUCAUUAAUAAAAGAAGAAAUAACUUCUUCUCCUAUCACAUCUGUUUCUCCACAUUCUUCUUCUUCUCAUCAUUCGGAUGAUUGUUUUUGUACGGAUCCAACAACAACAACUAGUCAUCAACAUUAA